AUGCUUCUCGAGCAAUCCCAACAAACUCCGACAACACUUCAUCGAUCGAUCAGUCAUACACCCAGCAUGGUGGUUAACAUAAAAGAAUAUCUAUCGGAUCAUUCACAGUUUAUUGAUUGUCCUUACUGUAAGGUCCACAAUACAACCGAAGUGAAAUUUACUGUUGGUCUCUUCACGUGGAUUAGUUUUCUAAUUAUCCUGAUGGUUGGCGUUUUCAUUCUGCCUUUAUUUUUCCUUUGGGUACCAUUCCUCGUCGACACAUUCAAAGAUGCGCAUCAUUACUGCUCCAAUUGCAAAGCCUGGAUCGGAAUCUAUCGACGACUGGGUAAAAGCAAAUAG